CUCACCCCUUCAGGACCAGAAGAGAAAAAAACAGGAUGAGUGGGUCUGAACUUCACUGCAGGGGCUCCUGAUGAGGUGUGACCUGUGACCCCUCACCAUCAGAUUCACCUGCCUAACUACCUGAGGGGGUGUGGUCUGAGGAGCCAAGGGUCAUCCCCAAUGGCGGCGACCUCCUCCGUGCUUGGCAGAGGGCUGGGUCUGGUCCUGGUAGAGUUUGAGUAUGAGUACCAGGGUCGGGACGGGGUGCUGGUCUCCAUCAAACCCAAUGAGCGAUAUGUACUGCUAGCAAAGACCAAUGACCACUGGUGGCAAGUUCAGCGUGACAGCAGCUCUAAGCCAUUUUACAUCCCUGCCAAGUACGUCAAGGAGCUGCCAGUGGAUUUCCCCUCCCCCUUGGAUUUUGAUGAUCCAACCAGUGCUGAGCCAGUGUUGGUUCCUGUGGCUGCCCCAGUCCCUGUGCCCAUUCCCAUUCCAAAGACUCUGGAGGAACCCAAUGGGAACAGAAUCAAACAAGGGGAUGAGGUGACAAUCCGGCUUAAACCAGAUGCAUCUACUGGGUACCGUAAGACUGAGAACCGCAUGUCAACAUUUGGCGUCCCGUUGGAUUUUCAUGACCUGUCGCAGCUGGUUCAGACCAGCAACCCUCUUGGUGGUCCUGCAGAGACUGCGACCGCAACAACCAGCAGGAAUACAUACAUCACCGAUGGCGGUCUGAGCAAAAAACUGCCCCACCUGCCGGGUUGCCUGGAUGACCAGAAGGACUCUGCAAAACCACGAGUUCCCACCUUCAGUCCAGCAGACCCGCUCUCUGUAUCACGGCCCCAGACCCAAGCCAUACCGGUAGAGAUGCCAGUGGUCCCUGUGGUCCCCAUAGUCCCCCCCAAUAAUGAUAUCCAAAGCACAUGCUCAUUGUCAGAAAUUUGCCCUGACCACAAGGAUUCCCUGAUGGAGCCAGAGGAGGAGGCAGAGGAGGAGAUGAGCGUGGAGGAGAGCAGCAAGGAGCAGGGGGAUUUACUGAAGGAGCAAGAUUCAAACCACAUUUAUGAGUCCAUUCAAGACCUGAACCUGGACCUGGAGGUUCUGGUUAGAGAAAGAGUGAGUCCUGGACCUGGUCCUGAACUUGCACCUGCCCCACCUCCCACACAGGACCCCAGCUCGCUCGGCCAUAACUCACCCAUCUAUGCAAACAUCUCUGUGAAGAAAACGUCUCACGACUCUGACGACCUCCUUAUUCCGCCACCUCCAACCGAGCCCGCCCCCUUCCCUACAGGCCAUACACCUUCUCCUUCUUCAGUCUCUUCCUCUGACAUAAAAAGCCCCGCCUCCCCCAUCAGCCUGCAGGAUGAGUGGCAGGUUCACACGGACCACGACAGCGGGAAGAUGUUUUAUUUCCAUCCUGUGACGAGACAAACAACCUGGACCGACCCCCACAGCCCCACAGCGCCCCCUGCUGCACUGGCCUCCCCUUCACCGCUGCUCUCCCCCGCCUCCUCUCAGGAUUCUUGUUGUUGGGAGCAGCUACUGGACGAAGCCUCUGGGAGAUUUUACUACUUCAACCCAAUCACACGAGCCACAUCGUGGACUGCACCUGAGCCACUCUCCCCCUCCUCCCCCCUGUGGUCGCCAAGCAACAGGAAGCAUGACGACAGCCCGCCUCCACUGCCAGAGGAAGAUUAUCCUGUAGAGGGAGCUAAUGACACUGUGUUUACAACGAAUCCUCAGCAGCCUGUGGGUCUGAUUCCCAGAGCUCAGAUGGAGUUGAAAGAUGGAAACUCCUCCCAGUGGAGGAUGCAGGAGCCCCAAAGGAGGACGGGAAACGGAGUUUCUGAGGAGGGAGCGACUCUGCAGGUCAGGAGCUGGAGACACAGUGUGGCCGAAGACACGUUUGCUCUCGGUCACAGGAGAAACGUGUCUGACCUCACGGAGGUGUCGAAUAGAAGGCUCUCGCCCGACAGUUCACAGUUCUCUGAUAGGCACAGACUGAAGAGGAAUCUGUCCAAUCGGAGCACAGACUCCCACCAGCUUCAUGGCCAUCAGCUGGAGAAAGCAGGAAUCAUCAAUAAGACCAAAGUAGUUGAUAACGGCAAAAGGAUCAGGAAGAACUGGAGUCAGUCCUGGACCGUCCUGCAUGGUGGGAUCCUCACCUUUCACAGAGACCCCAAGUCUGCUCCGACUGGGAACGCUAGUAAAGCGUCACAGAUUGUUCCAGAGUACACGGUGGACCUGAGAGGUUCUACAGUCAGCUGGGCUGCCAAAGACAAGUCCUCCAAGAAGAACGUUGUAGAGCUAAAGACUCGGCAUGGUUGUGAGUUCCUGAUGCAGUACGACACCGAGAGCAUCAUCAGUGACUGGCUCAAAGUGAUCCAGGACGCCGUCAGACAACUGGAACACGAUGUGGUGACGGAGGACGAGGACGACGCAGCGUCGGACAGAGAAGACAAAGAGCGCAGGAAGACGUCCACCAGGAGUUCAUCAGGCGUUGACUCGGAGCAGACACGAGUUCGGACCAAACUCAGACGCUUCCUCCAGCGUCGGCCGACGCUGCAAAGCGUCAAAGAGAAAGGAUACAUCAGAGAUAAUGUGUUCGGAUGUCACCUGGACACACUGUGUCACAGAGAAAACACAACCAUCCCCACAUUUGUACAGAAGUGUAUCAGAACGGUAGAGCGGAGAGGUCUGGACAUUGAUGGUAUCUACAGAGUCAGUGGAAACUUGGCUGUGAUCCAGAAACUACGACAUAAAGCUGAUCACGAGGAGCAGCUGGACCUGGACGAUGGGCUGUGGCAGGAGAUCCACGUGAUCACCGGAGCUCUGAAACUUUUCUUGCGGGAGCUUCCAGAGCCGCUGUUUCCCUUCAGCUGCUUCGACAAGUUCAUCGCUGCUAUCCAAGUUCCAGACCACAGUCUGAGAGUGUCCUACAUGAAGGACCUGGUUCGAUCGCUGCCUCUGCCAAAUCACGACACCAUGGAGCUGCUGUUCAAACACCUGCACACGGUGACCGAGCACAAGGACUCCAACAGGAUGUCGGUUCAAAGCGUCGCCAUCGUGUUUGGACCCACGUUGCUCCGCCCACAGACUGAGUCCCCCAACAUGACGAUCCACAUGGUUUUCCAGAGCCAGAUUGUGGAGCUCAUGCUCAAUGAGUUCCAGUUCGUCUUUUCCCAGACGUAGGAAGAACCUACUGUUGAAUUUACAAGAACCAUUAGAGAACCUCUGGGGGGCACCAGAGCACCAUGAGAAAUGCCAAUAAUCUUCUGAAGUGACAGAGAAGCUCCUACACCUCCUGUCACAUGGUUCCGUUUCUAAGCAAAGUUAGAGUCUUCUACAAAACUCUGGAUCUGUGUAGAUAAACAUCCUCAUCUCGCUCUAUCAAGAUCACGCUGCCACAUUCUGACCCUCUCAAAGCUCUGUGACUUGAAUGAUACAGGUAGAACCUGAUAAAACCCUGGAUCAGUUUGGAACCAGCUUUGCUUCUAGUACAAAGACCAAACCGCUCAUUUAAAUCCCCAAAUAUCUCACUUUAAAACAAAAUAUCCAAAUUUAUCUAAAACUUUGUAGAACUCUUCACAAACACCCUCUCUCUUUUUAUUUUUAUUUUUACAGAAAAAAACAGCAGCACGCAACCUCCUGAGAUUUCUCAAUUUGUGCAAGAAUAAAUUCCACCUAGUUUCAAAACCUUCUGGUUUUGAAAGAUCACACGACACACCUCUCUGACCACACUGUCCAGAAUGAUUCAGGGAGAACUUGAGUGAAAAUAUCUACAACUCUUUGGCUUCACCUCAGACUGUACAACCUGCACCUUAAAACCCAAAGAACAAACUAAAUCUACAAGUUCAAGUCUCACUCACAACCUCGUAAAACUCACAAAAUCUCCUAUUAGUAACGAUUUUCUGACAUUUAACUUUAAUGGAACCUGAAAACCUUAUGAACAUAAUGUUCUAGAACCUUGAACAGAACCUCAGGACUCGUUCACACCUGGUUUGUUUCAGAGCUUCAGACUCUUCAGUUCAGUCUGAACCUGAACAUCAGGUGUGAAAGGUUCCUCAGAGCAGAAGAGGAGUUCUGGGUCUGGAUCAAACUGAACC